CAAGAUCGACAGUAAUACAUCAGACACAGACAUGCAGGAGAACCGCCCCGAGGUGGCCGCCUACUUUGAGGCGCUGCUGCAGUCGCGGCUGCACAGCCCGCCCAUCCGCUGCGGCUACGCGGGCGACGACAAGGGCAAGGCCAUCUACGCCGGCCGCGUGCUCAAGGCCGGCGAGCCCAUCUGGACCGAGGCCCCGUUCGUGGCCAUGCAGCACGAGGACAACAAGGAGUUCGUGGACUGCUGCGACAACUGCUUCGUGCCGCUCGUGGACAGCAAGGCCUGCUGGGCGCGCGUCAUGACGAGCAGCAGCAGCGAGGUGGAGGGCGAGGCGGCCCCCGCCGACGAGGCCGCGGCCAGCGUGGCCGACUUCGAGGAGUCCAUCGCGUUCCUCAUGAAGGAGGGCGGCAAGUCCCCCGAGGAGAGCUACUUCUCCGUCUUCACCAUGGCCGAGCACCAGGUCAAGUGCAGCUGCGGCGUCGUGUACUGCACCGAGACGUGCAAGCAGAUCGCGUACGCGCAGCACCACGCGCUGCUGUGCCCGCACUCGGAGGAGCGCGACAACGCCAUGGGCAAGUUCCUCAACCACACGCUCGUGACCAACGAGAUCUUCCAGCUCGCGGCCAAGGUCGUGUCCAAGAUCCUGCUGCUCUUCGUGGCCACGCAGGACAUGGCCAAGGCCCGGCAACCGGUUGACAUGUUCUGCAAGCUGCCCUGGUGGGAGGUCGUCACCUCCGAGGACGACCUGGAGGAGGGCGAGACCCUCGAGCAGUACUGCGACAAGUUCCGCUCGCUCAUCGCGCAGACCCACGAGCACUUUAUGGCCGGCCUCAAAGAGAGCCUCGUGCACUUAGAGGCGCAGGGAGAGCUCAACGGCCUCACGGUGGACGCCGUGCUGUCCUCGUGCGACGAGAUCCUUACCGUCGACUUUUUCAGCUGCGUCGUGGGCAUGUUCGAGAUGAACAACAUUAGCAUGGAGAUCGACCACCCGUUCCACGCGCUGGGCGAGGCGUUGAGCGAAGCGAGCCCCGAAGACAAGAAGGACAUGCCGCCGGUGCUGUCCCGCGUCAAGGCGGCGCUGGAGAAGUUCGCGGAGGAGCACAAGCACACGCUCUGCAGCUGCGAGGACGAGCACGAACAGGAGCACGAGCACGACGAGGAAGAGUGCUACGCGCUGGACGAGGACUUUGUCGGCGUGGAAGGCACAGCAUUGUUCUCGGGCAUUUGCACAAUGAACCACAGCUGCGACCCCAACUGCACGGUGCUGUACACAAAGGACGGAGCUGCGCACGUUUUCGCCGUACAAGACAUCCAGGAGGGCGAGGAGCUGUGCAUUUCGUACAUUGACGUGGACCAGGAGGUGGAGGAGCGAGCGGAAUGCCUCCGGUAUGCACAUCGCGCCGCUGCUGCCGCCGUCGGAACCUUCAACGCGCAGCAGUGCGUCAAGUGCGCCGGGCUCAAGUACUGCACCAUCAUGAACGGCCAGUACCUGUUCGACCCCAUCACCGGCUACUCCAGAGAGGCCACGACGCAGCUGGAGAAGCAGGGCGUGUGCGAGGACCUGGACGCCAAGACGCUCGCGCUCAGCCCCUUCGGCACCCAGAUGCAGUUCAAGGACACCGCUGCAUGCCACAAGCUCGUGUGGAACUUCCACUGCCUCUCGUGGGUGGCCACCACCUUCCAGCGAUACGUGAACGGCACGCGUGUGAGCUGUGCAAGCACUGGCGCCUCCGCGACGGUGCCGCUGCCUCCGUGCCGUUCGCUGUGCGUGGAGGUGGCCGACAAGUGUGUGUACUCACACUUCUACCGCCUCUACCUCGACGAGGUGUGCGGCAACAUCGACUGCUUAACUGAGAUCGAGGAGAUCAAAGCCAUUAGAUCGACCAACAACCCGAACGUGGCGGAGACGACGUGCGUGUCGGGCAGCUGGGUUUAUGCCGAGAACAAGACGUUUUCGCGCUGCUCGACGCGUUCGUAUGAGCCUCCGACAGCGUUGGCUGUGUGCAGCGUUGUCAGCGUGGUCGUGGUUGCUAUCUUCACUGCGAUGGACGACGACGUGGACGCGGACCUGGAGCUGAGCCUGCCGCCCUGGAAGGCGCUCAAGUCCUCGGCGCUCAGCAGCGCCAAGAGCGGCGGCCUGCGCGCGGCCCAGACCGACCUGAACCGCUACUCGAGCGUGGCCGCGCCCUACGGCCCGACGGACCCCGUGGCCACCACGUACUUCCAGGUCGUCAUCAGCAAGGCCAAGGCGCCCAUCGUCUGCGGCGACGCCGGGCCCGUCAAGGGCAAGGCCAUCUACGCCGACAGAGACCUGCCCAAGGCCACCAGGAUCUGGACCGAGUCGCCGCUCGUGGCCAUGCAGCACGAGCGCAACCGCGACCUGCUGCCGUGCUGUCAGUACUGCUACCUGCCGCUGUUGGGCAACGCCCAGCGCCAGUGGCGAGAGAUCGUCUCGAGGUACAACGCACAGGUGGGGCGGCCGUCGGCCAGGAGUGAUGGUGGAAAGACAACCACGACCACCGCCGCGGCCACUGCAUCCAGUGAUCUGCACCCUGUGGACGUGGAUGCAUUGGAGAAGGCACUUCGACUCCUGCGUAUUACGCCCCAGAGCUGCGGCAUGGCUGGACCUGGGGCCCAGUGCCCGUGUGGCGAGCUGUACUGCUCGAAGCUCUGCCGCAUGCGCGCGCUCCACGAGUACCAUGCUAUUCUGUGUCCGAGGAACGACCCGUGCUCGGCCAUGGGGGAGUUCCUCGAGCACACGCGCCACACUAACGACAUCUUCUUGCUUGCUGCGAAGGUCAUCGCCCGCGUGCUGUCGCGGUAUCUUGUAUGGCGCGACAUCGUGAAGGCGCGUGAGCCAAUCGAUAUGUUUUACAAGAAACCGUGGUGGGAGGUUGUGGUCGUGGAGCACGACGAGUCUGAGCCGCUGCCGCAUCCCUCUCGCAACAGCGAUGAGAGCUCGGGCCAGACCACAGUGAGCGGCAGCGAUGACACAAACAGCGAUGACGGAGGUAGCAGCAGUACAGAAGACAGGUCACCAAACGACCCCAAGGCUGCCUCCCCUGGGGCCAGCAAUAACGCUGCAGCACAUACACAGAACCCUCGACAGGGGUACACACAGGCGAUGGAAGAGGAGCAGAAGCAGGAUGGAGAGUGGAUAGGAGGAGCUGGUGGCCCCGCCCAUGGAUCUACGAAGGCGCAAUGUUUACAGGAGGUGCUAUCGAUGACGCACCAGCUGUUCGUGGACGCGCUUGAGUGCAACUUAGUUCGUCUGGAGCGUGAGGGUCAGUUACGCGGCGUGACGGUGGAAGAAAUCUGGCGUUGCUGUUCGAGCGUGCUGAACUUCGAGUUCUUCACUGCUCAGAUUGGGCUAUUCGAGAUGAACAACAUCAGCAUGGAGGUGGACCACCCAUUCCAUGCAUUUAUUGACAUCCUGGACCCAGAUGUACAGAACGAUCUAGCAGCGGAGGAUAUGGGCCACAGCGACGACCAGACCAACAAUAUGUCUCCAAGAGUACAGCCCCAGCUAAGUGACGAAGACCAGACUAUCAUUGCUAGCGUACGGCGCGUGCUGGGGUGGGAAGAAGAGCGAUUACAGGUGCUGCAGACGCAGGAGCGACUCGAAAGAAAUGACGGCGAGUUGGACAGCGAAUUCGACCCGUUGAUGCCGCUGGGCUAUCCCAGUAUCGAGGGCACCGCGCUGUUUCCGAUUAUCUGUACGAUGAACCACAGCUGCGACCCAAAUUGCACGGUGUUGUAUACGAAGAACGGAGACGGACACGUGGUGGCUAUCCGCGAUAUCCAUAAGGGCGAGGAGCUCUGCAUCUGCUACAUCGAUGUCGACAUGGACGUGCAGAUGCGUGAGGCGAACCUGCGCGAGUACAAGUUCAAGUGCUUUUGCUCGCGCUGCGUCCAGGAGCGACAGAGUCAGCGACCAGAGCCACGAUCCAGCCCCGCGGCAUCGAGUCGAACAAGUCCGGUAGCAUCUCAGAGGGUCAACCCUGCGGCAGGACAACAAGGAAGUGACCAGCCCAAACGUCCAGCGAAGUCGCAACAAUCGAAGAAAUCUAAGAAGAAGAAAAGCAGCCAAGGACGGUGA